CCGGAAACCCUACGAACCUUCAGCUCUUCCACCCCCCCGAAUCGCUCCGCUCCGACCAGGAAGCCGAUCUCGCCGGAAUCGGCCUCCCCUCCUUCCCUCCGAUCGUCCCUUGCGAUAGCGUGAACCGAGCGUGCCUCUCCGCCGGUCGCGGCCGCGGGGCGAGCUCAAUUUCCGGCCUCGCCAGCUCCCCUAAUCCUCGCCGAUCCUUCCCCCCUCCCCCUCCCCACGCCGAUCGACCUCCGAUGCACGCGACGGCCACGGCCCCGGUGCAGCGUCGCGGGAACGCCCUGAGCGACGCCGUGGACGCGACCCCGCUCCUCUCGCACUCCGUGGCCGACCACCUCCUCCGCAGCCGGCGGUUCCUGCGCCGCCCCGUGCUGCCCCUCCGCGGCGCGGCGGCGCGGCUCCUGCGCCGGGCCAGCGGCCGGCGCAUGAUGCUCCGCGAGCCGUCGAUGCAGGUCCGCGAGAACGCCGCCGAGCAGCUGGAGACGCGCCAGGGCGACUGGGCAUACUCGAAGCCCAUCGUGGCCCUCGACGUCCUCUGGAACCUCGCGUUCGUCGGCGUCGCUCUUAGCGUCGUCGCGCUGAGCCGGAACGAGAGGCCCGAGGUGCCCCUGCGGCUGUGGGUUGUUGUGUACGCGUUUCAGUGCCUGUUGCAUGUGGCGUGCGUCGUUGGGGAGUACAAGCGGCGGCGUAGGGAGGUGGAGUACACGGGAUUGGGUGGGAGCGGCGCCUGGGGUCCUGGCGAUUUGAAUGCUUACCUGAGUACAGCUUCCCGUUCCGGGAGCGACGGAGGCGAAUCAGACGAUUACGCGAAUGAUCAGAGCAGAGAUGACGAAGAAACCAGCGUCUCGAAGCAUUUCGAGUCUGCAAAUACAAUGUUUUCAUUCAUCUGGUGGAUAAUCGGGUUCUACUGGGUAACUGCUGGUGGCCAAGACCUGAUUCGCGAUUCACCUCAGCUCUACUGGCUCUGUAUAUCAUUUCUGGCGUUUGAUGUGGUUUUCGUUGUUAUCUGCGUUGCUAUUGCGUGCCUGAUUGGUAUUGCAAUAUGCUGCUGUCUCCCAUGUAUAAUCGCAAUCCUGUAUGCUGUGGCAGAUCAGGAAGGAGCAACACAGGAGGAGAUCAAUCAGUUGCCUACGUACAAGUUCCGCAGGUUAGGUGAUUAUGACAAAGCUAAUGAGGAAACUCAGCCAUCGUCUGGAGGGAUACUGACGGAAUGUGACAGCAGCACAACUAUUGAGCGUGUUCUAUCGCAGGAGGAUGCUGAAUGCUGCAUCUGCCUCUCUGCUUACGAAGAUGGAUCGGAGUUGAGAGAACUUCCCUGCCGUCACCACUUCCACUGCGGUUGCAUCGACAAGUGGCUGUACAUUAAUGCAAUUUGCCCCCUCUGCAAGUUCAACAUUCUAAAGUCUCAGAACCAGAGUGGGAGCGACGUAGCGUGAAGAAUUUUAGGUUUUUUUAGGGAUAGAAGGUUGAAGAUCUCGUCUUUGUCGACAUGCUUAUGCUAGGCGCUCCGGCACUUAGGAGAGCUUUCCUGUUGCUCCUGCUCUAAGUCAUGCAUUCUUAACGAGCUACUUUGGUCGUGUUAGCACCUAGGAGGGUCUCCUGUUGGUCAUGCUGUUCAUAUUUAUAUAUGGCUUGGGCAGUUUAUGAUGAAUCCUUUCCUGUGUAAAUUGUAAAGGAUCAUCUCAAUCAUAUGUAUUUGCUAA